GAUUGAAAUGCGCGCUUGUGAUGCAAUGACUAGUAAACUCUGGGCUCUAUUUGUGUUGUUGCGAUGAGGUUGACAUUUGCAACACAUCUCGAUUUCGUUUGCUGAUGGCUUACAGUUGUUCUCUGUUCAAGAUCCGAGAAGUAUGACACAGUAGCUUCUCGAAAAUCGCAAUAGUAUGGAUUUUAACUGAUAAACAAUCGUUCGAUCUGCCGGCGAAAUUACACGGUGUAUUUUAAUUUGCCUUAAACGUUAGAGACGAUUUCCUAUUCUGUCUAUCACCGGUCAUGUUGGAAUUAAUCAUCGACAAGGAUUUAUUCUCGUAGCUUUUCAAUCACAACUAAACGACGGCACUGUUAUGAUCACAAAUAGAAAGCACUGACUGACACCGAUCAAAGAUGGCGACAACUAAAGCAAGUUUUCCCGGCCGCUCCGAUCACGAUGUUGGCCAAGGAUCGAAGAAAGUCACUUUCUACAUUAACGGUGAUCGCAAUUUCAGAGGUCAGGUAAUGGUUAUUACUCCGAGAAGAUUCCGUAGCGUCGAUAUACUUCUAAACGAGCUCUGUCGUCUCACGUACUUCAAAGAUCUGCCCCUGGGUGUCCGAUAUCUGUUUUCCCUUGAGAGUGGCGCCAGAGUUGACACUUUGGAUCAGUUAAUUGACGGCAAAGCUUACGUAUGCUCGUCGCACUCGAGCCUAAAGAAGAUAUCGUACGGUGGAAAGCCUCCUCUGGCCCAAUGGAGCUCAAGACAUCAGAUUGAUCUUCCUGAUAUAAGGAUGGCCCAAAGCGAGCCCAAACGUCGACCAGUGGGUGUCGCAAGAAUGGCUGAACCUUCAAGACAGCGAGGUUUAGGUGACAGCAGCAGGGUUAGCAUCAAGCCUAAAAUGGUACAAGUUAUCAGAAACGGUCCACACAAACCUCGCACGGUUGUUAAAGUUCUUUUAAACAAAAGGACAGCACAAACCCUCGAACAAGUUCUCGACGAAGUAAGCAGUUCGCUUGGAAAUACAGGAGGUUUGAGUGCACCUAGAAAAUUAUACACAAUUUCCGGACAGCAAAUUCGCGAGGUGGCUGAGUUGUUUCGCGACGAGAACAACAUAUUUAUAGCUGUGGGAAGCGAGAAAUUCAGUUCUGACGAUAUCGUUGACAUAAUGGAGGAUUUUGAGCAGAGAGGCUCGAAAAAGCAGAGCGAUAAACGAAAACAAUCGAAAGGUGGUAACGAAGGAAUGUUACAUUAUAAACAAAGAAAGGCCAAGGAUGCCGAGCAAAUGAAACCCGUUGUUAAAUCGUUUAACACGAUUGAAGAGAGCAAACUUCCAAAGCUGCCUGACAUUCAUUCAAAAGUUGAGAACAAACCGAGACCAGAGAAUAUUAAUAAUAAAGACAACAAAACCCACGUGCUGGGAAACCCGAACGCGGCUAAGCGUUCUCCACGUGGGAAAAACACUCACGCAAGGAACACCGAGAAAAGACCUCAGAACAACUUCAAACUGCCUCAAAUAGGUAACACUAAUUUAGUUUCAAAAUCGGAGAAGGAGAAUAAAGAAACCGGAGAGGUCCCAAUCGCUAGCAACGACGAUAAUGGCUUGGGUAUUCAACCAGCAAAUGAAGAGCUAAACGAAUCGCAAAAUCACAGCAACUUAAAUCAGUCAGGCGAUGUUAGCAAACCAAAGAGGAAAGUGUCGUUGAGUAAAAGACUCGGGAAGAAAACAUCAAGGGACGAUAGUGGAAUUUUGUCGGAGGACGAGAUAAAAUACGGUACGAUAACGGACAAAACUGUUGAAGAUGUUUAUGACAUGGGCAAGAAAAUUGGAGACGGCAAUUUUGCCGACGUGCGUCAGUGCAUCGAUAAAAUAACCAAGAAGGAAUUCGCGUUGAAAAUUGUCGACAAAGCUAAAGUACGAGGCAAGGAGCAAAUGAUAAGGGACGAAAUAGAUAUCAUGAGAAGAUGCAAGCACCCGAACAUUGUGCGAAUGUACGAAGACUAUGAUUCUCCCAGACACAUCUACCUUGUCAUGGAGUUAAUCAAAGGAGGUGAUCUAUUUGACGCGAUUUCAUCCUCGGUCAAGUUUACUGAAGCUGUCACGCGGACCUACGUCAAAGACAUUACUAAAGCGCUGGCUUAUUUACACAAGAGAAAGAUCGUGCACCGCGACUUAAAGCCUGAAAAUCUGCUGGUCCACAAGAAACCCAAUGGGCAAGUUAUCCUGAAACUGGCAGAUUUCGGUUUAGCCAUGGUGGUCAAAUCGCCGAUAUUUACGGUGUGUGGCACGCCAACUUAUGUAGCGCCGGAAAUCCUGGAAGAGGCUGGGUACGGGCUCAAAGUCGACAUGUGGGCAGCGGGUGUCAUCACGUACAUCAUGCUCUGUGGUUUCCCGCCAUUCCGCAGCGCCAAGAAAGAUCAAGAUGAAUUGUUCGACCUGAUCAUGGAGGGAGAUUACGAGUUCUUAUCUCCCUACUGGGAUAAUGUCUCCAACGAAGCUAAAGAUCUGAUCUCGAAACUUCUCGUUGUGAAUCACAACGAGCGUUAUAGCGCAGAGGAGGUAUUAUCACACCCGUGGGUUAAGCACAGGGUCGACUCUCUUGGCUGCGAGUUCCUUGGUGAAAACCCCGAAGCGCGGAGAAAAUUUAAGGCCGCAGCCCUAGCAGUUCAAGGAGCGAAGAGGUUUGAAAACUUAGCCGAGCAGUUUCAGCGUCAACGAGGCGAGAAGAUCAUAAUAACUUGACAAAUUAAGUCUAAUGUACUUCCUGACUAGUUCUUGAUAUUAAGAACUUCCAAGGGGUGUUCACGAUUGCAUGCCAUACUUAAGCAAAUAGGCGAUAAACAGUAAUCACCGCCCUAUGCUUCUCUAAACUAUGGUUAUUGCUCCAAUUUAGUCAGUCAUGCUCUCACAUCCUGCCAUAAUCUAAAUAUAUUAAGGUAUGAAGCUAAGUAGUGUAAAUCGCAGCGUUCUUUUCAGUAAAAAACAACUCGUACGUCAUUUGCUCUAAUUACUUGCAGUCACAAGUAACACAACACAGCAGUCACGCGUGUCGCCCCCCGCAAUACUUUAAUUGCUACAAAAACGUCAAGACAAAUGAGAGGACAUAUUGAUUUCCACCGAUGGUAGUGCUGUACAUAGUCACAAAUGCCUUUAAUAUACGGUACACGGUCAUAUCGAAUUUGUCGUCACGGCUGUUACGGAGGAAUGUUACAAAGUUUCACACUGCCAGGAACACGAGAGAAACUUUUGCAGUAUUCAUACAUUCUUACAUGUCGAAGUAGUAGUAGUGGUGGUAGCAUUUUAGCACUUCUAUUUCUUGGAGAAAAUACCGGAUAUAUUUUUAUACGAAAUUUGUAACUUUGAUUACUUGAAUGAUAACGUAAUAUAUUUAAGUAUGGCAACGUUGUGAUUGUCUCUCAAUUUGGAGAGUCCGUUUCUACUACACACGCCAAGAAGAUAAAAUGAUUUCAAUUUCACUGUAGAUCUCGGAGAUGAUAUAUUAUUCACAUAUGUAUAUAUUCACUAUUAUUAUUCAAACUGAUUUUAUUACCAAUCUAGUAAUUUGAUAGGGCGCAUUGAAACUGUUGUCAAUCGAUUCCUUGAAAUUAAUUAAGUAGACUGAUCGCCUUUGGUAUUAUAAAUACUGACUGUUAGAUUGUAGGUAUUGCUUUUAGCAUCGUCCAAUGUAUAUAAUGAUAUAAUUGAUGGUUGUGCAAAUGAAAAUAGAUUAAAUUAUUUAUUGAUAGAAAA